AUGAUUCAGUUAUCAAAUACUCUUUGCGAUUUAACAACUUCUAUACUAGAAAUAAAGAUUAAAGAAAGUGCACUGGCAAUCAUAAUAUUUACAUUUAUACAAAUAGUGAAAAAGAAAGCUAUAAUUGGUGACCCCGACCAGCCUUCUACAAGUCAUGCCACGCAAGAGCAUUCUGACGAAAAAGAAGUAGCGUCGGUGGAGUUUAAGUUACCGCCAUUUUGGAAACAAGAUCCAGCCUUGUGGUUCAUCCAAGUGGACGCAGCAUUCCAUCGCAAGAAGAUUACUGGAGACAACAGCAAAUAUUGGACAGUAAUUUCUUACAUUGAUCCAGAAUUACUGCAACAUGUCUCAGACAUAGUCAAAAAUCCUCCUGAUACCGACAAGUAUAAAACACUUAAAGAAUGUCUUAUCAGUCGUCUAAGACCAACGCAAGAACAACAGUUACAAACUUUACUAUACGACAUUGAAUUAGGAGACAGCAAACCUUCGCAAUUGUUACGCAAAAUGCAAGACUUAGCAGAUAACAAAGUAACAGAAGAUGUCUUACGUUCACUCUGGUUAAAGCGACUACCAGCCAACGUUCAGUUCGUUCUGUCGGUCAAUGUAGAAAGCAGUCUCACGGCAGCAGCAAAUAUGGCUGAUCGGUUAAUCGAAAUCAAUCCAGUACAAAGUGUCAUGGCCACUAGUAAUGUUAAUGACAUUAUAGUACAUCCAAGUAAAUUUCCUGAUGAUCAACGCACAGAUAGACUGGAGAAAGCAGUACAAGCCUUACAAGAAGCGGUAAAAGAAAUCACCAACAGCAUGAGAAGUCAUGAGCGAACACCAAAUAACAGAGCACGAGCAAGACCUGAGUCUUUCCACCAAACAUUUGCACAGAAUAACAAAAUAUGUUUUUACCAUAAACGUUUUGGCACAAAUGCAAAUAAAUGUGAAGACGGGUGCACAUAUACACAAAAACAGGGAAACUAAACAAGCUGUCCUUAGAGCAAACGGGAAGUGACAGCUAUUCAGUAAAAAAAGAAA